GGAAGCGGAAGUGGGGCGAAUGUCGGCCUGUCGCUCGAGUGGCUGCGUUACCUUGGAGAGCUGAAGUGGCGGGCGAUUCUUUGGCCGCGGUGUGGGCCGGAGAUCGAAACAGCGUAAACAUUAACGGGGGCAGCCGCCUCAGAUCGCUCGGAGUAAGACUACAUUGGAUGCCUCUAUAAAGUACCCCAGAGUUGAGUAGCUGUUCAUUUAAAUGCCUUUUUGCCUUUCCAUUUUCACAUCUUUCCUGUAUUUUCAGUUUCUCUUUCUUACUGGUUUUCUUUUCCUAUAAACAACCUCAGCGACACUGUCCUGGGAAGACAGGAGGUCCUCUUCCAGUAACCCCUUCGCUACUACUCUUUCCCUCUCGUGUUCAGUGAAGCAUUUCGAAAGCUCACUCUGUAAUCCAUGUAGAUUUCUAGUUCCUUAGCUUCCAGUUACUUCUCAGUGAACUGACGUCCUGCUUCCAUCCCUAGUACUCUAACAUAAUGACCUCCUGAUGGCUAAGUCCAGUUAAUUUUCUCCUCUUGGUUCUGUCACUGUGCCAUUCCACACUGAGGACCAUUCACUCUAUUCUCCUGUGGGAAGCUCUUUUGCAUCUGAUCUGUGUGUAUUCCCCUCUUAUCCCUUCUUUAUCUCCAACUUUCCUAGAGGUCAGUGUGGUCUAGGAUUCUGUUCCUUGAUGUACUUCUUACUCCACAGCCUUCCUGAGAAAUCUCAUCCACUCUCACAGCGUUAACCACCAACAAAACUGCUGACGUCUCCCAUAUGUAUCAUCACCCUACUUCUCAGACCCAAAAUGGGUAACUGGGAGCUGGUUCUCCCAUGUGGAUGUACAUCCUGUAACUAACUUCAGACUCCAUAUCCUCACCCACACUUUUUCCUGUGGUUCCUAUGGCACCACAGCCCAUCUGGACAUUUGGCUAGAAGUCUGAAAGUUAUCCUUUAUACCCGCCUCUGCCAACAUCUAGUCAUUGUUGUCUAGUCAGUCCAUUAGUCAGUCAGUCCAUUCAUUUCUAAUGGAAUUCCUACCAAAUUGCACGUGCAGUUGCUGCCUCAGAUUCAGCCUCCAGUCCUGCAGCAAUCUGCCUUUGGUCUGUCCUCAUGAGUCUCUUCCCUACCCUGUUAGCAAAGAGGUCCUUCUAAGUAGUCAGUUUGCCCUACAGGCCUCCCUGCUUAUACCACUUAGGCUGAAGACUUCCCCUUUCCUCCCAGAAUAAGGGCAGGGUUGUUUGCCUGGAACAGAGUUUUUCACAGUUUGGUCCCUCCCCAUUUUUCCAGCUUUGUUUCUGGACAUUCACUGUUCCUCCCUCUGUAUUUGCACCAGGUCUGUCUCUUACACUAGACUGAAAGCUCUUUGCGGGGUGGAGGCCCUGAUACAUCAUUCAUCUUUGUAUCCCAAGCACCUGUUAGCACAAUGCCUGUGGUACUGAAAUCAGGAAAUACUGAAUGAAGUAUCUAAAACCAUUUUAAAUUUAAAAAUAUACUAAGACUUUUACGCAUACCUUGCCUAAAUUGUUCAUUUCUUGGUUUUUCACUGUCGAGUGAGAGAGUAUUAUGUUUUUAAAAAUUCUCACAGAAACCUAUUAAAAACUGUGCAGAAUUUCAGGAUGACAGACACUUCUGAAGCUGUUCCCAACUUUGAAGAGAUGUUUGCCAGCAGAUUCACAGAAGCUGACAAAGAGUACCAGGAGUACCUGAAACGCCCUCCCGAGUCCCCGCCGAUCGUCGAGGAAUGGAAUAGCAGAGCCGGUGGGAACCAGAGAAACAGAGGCAAUCGGUUGCAAGAUAACAGACAGUUUAGAGGUAGGGAUAGCAGACGGGGGUGGCCAAGUGACAAUCGAUCCAAUCAGUGGCACGGACGAUCCUGGGGUAACAAUUACCCGCAGCACAGACAAGAACCUUACUACCCCCACCAAUACGGACACUAUGGUUACAACCAACGGCCUCCCUAUGGUUACUACUGAUGGAAACGUCAGCAGCUUUUUGUGAAAUCAUUUCCUCUGUUAACAUGACAAAAGUUUGUGUGUAUCUUCUGUUGGUCAUAGUUUUAUAUCUGAUUUCAGAGAGUGGAUUAUAAACUUUUUGGAACUUGUGACUUAAAAAAAAAAAAAAAAAAAAGAUCUUACUAGAGAUGUGCUGGUUCAGUAUUCCCCUAAAAAGGUUGUGGAUUCCAUUGCCUGACUUCUACCUCAGAUUCUUCUUUGUUUCAUGACUUAAUAGUGCUUUGAAAUUGGUGUCUGUGUUCCUUGUUUGACCUCCAGGAGUUCUGUCUUUGUUUUACAGAGAAAUAAAAAUUAUAAAGUGGAAAAUGCUUGAUUUUACUUUGCAAGAUAAGGAAGUAUCCAUAUACUCAGAUUUUCUCAUUCCCAAAUUUUUACAGCGGUUAGUACAGUCAACUCCCGAAUGCACAACUAUGCGCACUUGUGAUGUGUUGUACAUGGCAUCAGCAGUUGAAGGUAAAACAACUGUAGAUGCUUCUUUUUGGCUUUCGUUGUUGUGACUGUGGUACUUUUUAUCAUUACUCCAGGUAAGAGUGAUGUCCACAAUCACUUUGGUCUCUUUUUAGAGGAUGUCAGAAAUAAAAACCUUCAACUGGGGAAGGGAACAUUCUCUGUUUCAGUGUCUUGAUCUACUGGUGGGUGAGAUCGGGGCACACAGUCAUUUUGUUACAAACCGUGAGGCUUUUUGCUAAGUUAAAGCAGAUCAAAAUUCACAUGUUCUAAAAGAAAGUUUAACUCUGUAAAUGUUCUCCUUUCCUUUUCAGUAGUGUGUAUAUAAUGCUGCAUUCCGACUACGUACUUUUAUGUACUUAUAUGAAUUGAUCGUACAAUGUUAUAUUCACUUCCAAAUGUGCAUCUUCGCUGCUUCCUCUCGUACAAAUACCAUGAUGCCAGAACUUCCUCUCAGACCGAUCAGUAUAUUCCAGAUCAUUUUAAUGGCCAUUUCAAUGCUUUCAUUCAAAUAAAGUACUUACAAGAUUAAGCAAUUUCUCAA